AUGGCUGAAGAGAUUCGAAAGUGUGGUAGUCGCUUCAAGCACUUCCUAGCCUUUAUCCCUCUGGUUGCCAGUGGAGCGAUUGUUCUCGUGGUAGCUCUGGCCUACAUUUACGCCUCUAGGCAUGUAAAAGAAGCCACUAGUGCUGCUGUGUCGAGCAACAUGUACGCGUCUCUGGACCACGUCGCCGCCGGCAUGCAGGCUAUCCUGGCAGCCAACCAUUCCGCCUUCAUAGUUGCAGACUACCUAGCGGCUACAAGCAACAUGAAUCACUUAUCUCACGCGGAACAAAACUUGUUUAUGGUGUUCGCAAUGCAGCCGCACGUGGCCGAGAUGUCAUACGCCGGCGUCGAUGGCUCCGCCUUCACCUACUACCGCGGCAAGGAUGGCCGGCCCAGAAAGAUGUUCGGACUCCGGCUGGUGUGGCAAAAGGAGACCAUGUUCCGCGAGAUAGGGGUGGCCGUGGUCUCUGUCGUGUGCUUGCUCGCGGCCAUCGCGGCUGUGGCAUGCUUCUUCAUGGCGCGGGCACUUUGGCGGUCGGGGUCGCGGGAGGCCGCGCUCCAGGAUGACGUCAUGAGGCAGAAGGAAGCGCUCCAGCAGGCAGAGCGCAAGAGCAUGAAUAAGAGCAACGCAUUCGCGUCCGCCAGCCACGACAUCCGAUCCUCGCUCUCUGUCAUAGCUGGACUCAUCAAUGUCUCUCGGACGGAGGCGCGGGCAAACCCCAACCUCACCUACUACCUCGAUCAGAUGGAGAUUGGCACCAAGAAGCUCUUUGAUAUACUUAACACCAUACUAGACAUGAGCAAGGUGGAGUCCGGGAAGAUGCAAUUGGAGGAGGUGCAGUUCAGCAUGGCUGACGUCCUUGAAGAAUCCAUGGACAUGGCAAACGUCGUCGGUAUGUCUAGAGGCGUUGAGGUGGUUUGGGACCCCUGUGACUUCUCUGUUCUUCGAUGCGAUGCGGUCAUCGGUGACUGCAAGCGCUUCAAACAGAUCCUCGACAACCUUCUUGGAAAUGCUAUCAAGUUCACGCACGACGGCCACGUCGUGCUCCGCGCGUGGGCCAACCGCCCUAUCGCAAGGACUUCCAUGAUCAGCACCCCAUCUAGGCUCGCCCCCUGCUGGCGAGCGAGCGUGUUCUGUCGGUGGCUGCUAGGAACGAGGGAAGAAGGUGUCGAGCAGAAUGCUCACCGAUCACUUCUUCAGAAUGAUCCUAACGCCAUUGAGUUUUACUUUGAGGUAGUAGAUACAGGUCUUGGGAUCCCAAAGGAGAAAAGAGAAUCUGUAUUUGAAAACUACGUUCAGGUAAAUGAAGGGCAUGGUGGCACCGGCCUAGGCCUAGGAAUUGUCCAAUCAUUUGUACGUUUGAUGGGUGGCGAAAUAAGCAUCAAGGACAAAGAGCCGGGAGAAGUGGGAACGUGCUUCGGAUUCAACGUCUUCCUCAAGAUCAGCGACGUUGAAGCGGACAUCAAGCACGGGAGGGAGGCGACGUCCCUAUUAAGGGAGCCUGGCUGCUUCAAGGGUGGGCAGUGCGUCCUCCUAGUCCACGGGGACGAGACCCGGCGGAUCCUCCAGACAUGGAUGGAGAAUGUCGGGAUGAAGGUGUGGCCCGUCCCGCGCGCCGAGCUCCUCGCCCCGACAAUGGAGAAGGCACGCGCCGCCGUGGGCGCCUCGCCGUCCAGGCCAGCGUCGAUCUCUUCGUCGCAGGGCGGCAGUGAUGACUUGGAUGGUGUAGCUGACCGGUGCUUCAGCUCCAAAGAGAUGGUCACCCAGGUCCUGCGGAACAGCAGCGGCAACCAUGCAGGGCACCUCCACCCGUUCGGCUUGCUCGUCAUCGUCGACGUCUCCGGUGGGAGGCUCAACGAGAUCAUCCAGGAGGCGCCGAGCCUCGCGAGGAUCAAGCACCAAGUUCCGUGCAGGGUAGCGUGCAUUACUGACCUCAGGACCUCCUCCGAGGACUUGAGGGGGCUCAAGGAGGCAGCAAGCUGCGAUAUGGACCUGCGCAAGCCGAUCCACGGCUCCCGACUGAGCAAGCUCCUUCAGGUCAUGAGAGAGCUCCAGGCCUCUCCGUUUCCACAACAGCAUUCGCAUCAGGUCAGGAUCACCAUCAAUGAGCUGCCAGCUGCGGAUCAGGCCACUGCCGCGUUGUCUGAAAUCACAUCUGCGGCGACAGCCACUACAACGUCGUCUGAAAUGACGUCUGCGGCGGCAGUGCCCCAGGAGCCGCCCAAGCUUGAAGAUGACCAGCCUCUGCAAGGGAAGCGCGUCCUGCUGGUGGAAGACACAAGGGUAUUGCAGUUUAUCCAAAAGAAAAUGUUGAGCACUCUGGGUGCAACUGUUGUGGUAGCAGCGGAUGGAUCCGAGGCCGUGGCAAUGUUUAUCAAUGCUCUUGGGAUUGCAAGUGAUGGUGUUGCUUCAGAGGAACGGGUGGCCUUGCCCUACGACGUGAUAUUCAUGGAUUGUCAGAUGCCGGUGAUGGACGGCUACGAAGCGACAAAGCGCAUCCGUGAGGAAGAAAGUCGUUACAGGAUCCGCACCCCAAUCAUCGCGUUGACCGCGCACUCGGAGGAGGAGGAACUGCAAAAGACCAUCCAAGCAGGGAUGGAUCUCCACCUGACUAAGCCAAUACAGAAGGAGAAGGUUGUUGAGGCUGUUCAUCAGGUGUGGAAGGAAGAUAACUGAUAAAUGAUGAUGGGCGUUUCUCUGGUGGCAUAGAGGCGUGUGUGGUAUUUCAGUAAUUAGUAUGAUGAUUGUGGCGUG